UUAGGCAUUUGCACGUGUGACCAUUGUGGUGGGAACUUCCUGCUCUCCCUCGGUGACACAAUCACUAAUUUGUUUUUGGUUUUACCGUGCAGUUCGGCGAGCCGAUGUUUAGUCUAAAAACGAGUGGAGCAGCUGAGCGUGUGGGAUGAAUAAGCAAAGAAAGCAAAGAAGGAGGAAAAAAACAACCAUGCUGGAGAGCUCCCAGGUGGUUUACGUUGGCCUGGAGCUGCUGAUCGCUCUCCUGGCCGUGGCUGGGAACGUCCUGGUCUGCUGGGCCGUCUGCCUCAACUCCAACCUGCAGAGCAUCACCAACUUCUUCGUGGUCUCGCUGGCCGUGGCUGAUAUUGCUGUGGGGCUGCUGGCGAUCCCUUUCGCGAUCACAAUUAGUGUGGGUUUCUGUGCCGAUUACUACGGCUGCUUGUUCAUCGCCUGCUUUGUCCUCGUGCUCACUCAGAACUCCAUCUUCAGCCUGCUGGCUAUCGCCAUGGAUCGUUACAUCGCAAUCAAAAACCCUCUCAGGUACAACAGUUUGGUGACAGGUCAGAGAGCAAAGUGCAUCAUAGCUCUGUGCUGGAUUCUCUCAUUUGGCAUCGGACUCACACCUAUGUUUGGCUGGAACACAGGGUGGAACUCCACCACAACCACAAAGGGAAGCAAAAGCUGUCCUGCAGGCAAAACCCAAUGCUUGUUUGAAGAAGUAGUCACCCUGAACUACAUGGUCUAUUUUAAUUUUUUUGGCUGCGUGCUGGUCCCUYUGCUGGUCAUGCUGGUUAUCUACGUCAACAUCUUCAUGGCUGCGCGGCGGCAGCUCCGACUGAUGAGCAUCAAAGUGGCUCACGCACCUGACCCUGGGCAGAGAAUGCCGUCUUCCAGCUCGUCCCGUUCGGUCCUGCAGAAGGAGGUGCACGCUGCCAAGUCGCUGGCCAUAAUUGUGGGUUUGUUCGCUCUCUGUUGGCUCCCUCUGCACAUCAUCAACUGUUUCAACCACCUGUGUCGGGGCUGCAAGCGCCCGGACAUCUGGGUGAUGAACAUUGCCAUCAUCCUCUCCCAUGCCAACUCCGUCGUGAAUCCCUUCAUCUACGCUUACCGCAUUCGGGAGUUCAGGCAGGUGUUUCGGAAGAUCUUUUACCAACACAUCCUGCGGCGGAGAGAAGAGCUCGGAGUUAGGAACGCUGACGGCAGGGGCGGUGGGAACAACGGCAUCAGACGGACCUCCCAAAUCAGUAAAGAGGGUUCAACGUGCAGCACAGUGGUAAACAGCUACAUCCUGGACUCUUAUCCUGAUCAAACGAGACACAAAGCUGCACACGAACCUUCCAGCUGCAGGACAACAAAUGUAGAUACUGCAUCAAGCAGCCGCAUACCCAAUGGACACCACGUAUCGACUGGGACUGCUGCCAUUGCUGCACACGCUGCAUCGGAACCAGUCAUGUGUUUACAGGAAGCAGCAGACGUUUUACAGCUCAAAGACAGAGGAAGCUGCGUCACUUUUGCAAACAUUCAAGAUCUCUAUUCAAAUCAGACAGACUCUACCUGCCCUGCAAAUAUUACAGAGGUUUCAUGACAAAGAUGAUUUUAUGCACAGAAACAGGUUUGAACACAAUGACACCCAGCGUUGUGCAGACGUGACCGCAUGAAUGAAGUUUAAGCAAAACAGAAGCCGAUGUUAAAGUGUUUUUUUUUUCUAUGUUCAUCAUCUGCCAGAAACGAGAUGCGAUAAUGUUUUAAUCUGUCUGUAGGAAAUGAAUCAUAAAUCACUGAACUGAUUUUCUUCUUCUUUUGGCCGCUCAUUUUCUCAGUGAUUGCCACUUAUGGUUAUUCAACCUGCUCAGUGUCUUGAGUAGAGCAUCUUUAUUUUUUUUAAUGAGCAUUUUUUUAAAUUGUAUAGUAAGAAAAAGGAUGUGCACCUUAAUGUGAAAAAAAUUUCAAACUACUGUAAGAUUUUAAUAAUUUUAUCAGAUCAUGAGAACACUAAGACCAAAUUGGUUUUCUUCAGAAUUUUUUAAAGAUUGAUACAAAAAAAAUCUAUGUGAUUUUUUUUAUAACGAAAUGUGAAAACUGUGUUGGGAUCUGAAGAAUUUACACGUUCAUUGAAAUACAUCUUUCAUUUUAUUAUUUUGAACUGUAAAUUUUUGUCCCUUUAUGAGGUCAUGUUGUCAGUUUCUUUAUGGAGCUGUGGUUACGUUCUGCUGAAAACCCAUAAAUGACAGUAAUGAAGUGUUUUGCUAUAAAACACAGGUGACGUGUUUACAUGCUGUAUAUUAUAGACAGGCGUUAUUAUAAAGGUGGACUUUGUGUGUUA